AUGACACCCAGGAGGGGGAUCCUUAAUCCUCUGCCUUCCCCUCUCAAUCCCCUCAGGUUUUCUGGCCAACGGUUGACGGUUGGGGGCCGUUGGCCAAGGAGGUUUGGGCGCGAAAACGGGGGGAACCGUUGGUCGCGCGCCUCGCCUCGUCGCGCGCCUCGCCUCGUCGCGCGCCUCGCCUCGUCGCGCGCCUCGCCUCGUCGCGCGCCUCGCCUCGUCACGCGCCUCGGGCCCGUCCUCUACCAGCCGUUAACGGCCACAGACCUGCCCACCGGAAGCCCCCUGACGCUCGCCUUUCCUCCAUUUUACCUCCCGAAGCCCGACGUUCCUCGUCGCCCUCUUCUCCGGCCUUCAGCAGUGAGAAAUUCCUCCAUAAUGACAACCAACGGGGAAAACCCUUCAAUGAAGUCUGAUGAAACCAUUAUGAAGGAGCAGGAUGCAGGUGCCUUUCAGGAAGAAGAAAAUGAAGAUCUGAGUGGAUCACAGGAGGAUGUUGAAAGAGGACAGACUUCAGUGGCUGAUGAGACUGAAACAAAAAAUCCUGGAGAUAUUCCUAGUGAAAUGGAUGAGGAUUAUUUGGGGGCUGAAAUCCAAAGUUUGCUGGAUGGAUUUGAAGGUGAUACUAGCAAGAUACUUCCUGAAGUGAUGAAAAGAUUGGAACAAUAUAUUAAAUCUUCACUCCAAGUGAGUACCCAGAAUAUUGGGCAACAUGAGCAAGAAAAAAGGGAUGAGAACAAAGAAAACUCUUCGCAGGAGUUCCUGAAUGCAUUUCAGUACGAGGAUGAGACAGUUCAGAUAUUUGAGGAAUUGUACAAGAGUGUAACUGAACUGCUUUAUCAACAAAGUGUUUCCCAACAAUCAGGCGUGAAUCAAGACAUGUUGGAUGCAUUUAAGCAGAAGUAUGACCAAUUUAUAAAGGUAUGGUGA